AUGACGAUUGUUGCAAGCAUAAACUGCCAAGGGCUUAGAUCUGCGGAAAGACGAAAAACAGCUUUUUCUUUUUUCACCCGCAGCAGAUUUGAUAUUAUAUUUUUGCAAGAAACUCACUGGACAGCUGACAUGGAAAUUGAAAUACAACGCGACUGGGAAGGUCACGUUUCCUGCACCCACGGGACAAAUUCCGCGAGGGGCGCUGAGAUUUUAAUAAGCUCGCACCUAGAUCAAAGUGUUAAAGAAACAAAAAGAGACAGUAAAGGUCGUGUUUUGAAUCUUGUAAUUUAAAUGGAUGAACAAACGAUAAACUUAGUGAAUGUUUACGCUCCCAACACCGACAUUGAACGGCGGACGUUUUUCUUGAUUUUAGAACUCUUUAUUGCAAGGGAAAACGAAACCAUAUUUGGGGGUGACUUCAACUCUAUUAUGGACAAAAGACUAGAUAAACUUGGUGGAGAUCCAAAUUCUCGACAAGCAGCAACUUAUUUUUUGCGUCCGUUUUAUGAGCGUUAUGAUCUGUGUGAUAUUUGGAGAGAACAGCACAAGGAUGAGCGGAAUUAUACGUGGACUGGCCGUAUGACGUCCAACCAUUUGUUCAUUCCGACAAGAACUGAUUUUUUUCCUUACUAG